AUGGCUGUCGACGUCUAUCCAUCAAAGAGUCCCAGCCUAGGAACCAGUCCCAGAAUCUCAUUCUCUCACGAUCUCAUUCAAAAUUGCAGACCCGCCGUCAUCAACGACGACCCAUCUCUUCUAGAUCCCACUUUCGAUUUCGAUUUCUCAACUGGUAAAACCUUCGCCUUUGAUAUCUCAUUAGCAGAUGAAAUCUUCUCCAAUGGCGUCAUCCUUCCCACCGAGAUAAAACCCAAGAAAGAAACGAAAAUCGAAACAGAGAAACCCAAUGAAGAAGAAGAAGAACCAAAACCCACCAACAAGAAGAUCAUGAGACUUAAAGAGUUCUUGUCCUGCAACAAUGAUGAAACAGAACAUGAGAAAGUUCCAUUGAUAAAACCCUUUUGGAAAUUCAAAAGAAGCAGCAGCUUGAAUUAUCAUCACCAUGGAAGUCUGAUUCGACCAUUACAAUUCUUUUCGAGAAGUAAAUCGGCUGGAUCGGUUGCUCAGACAAUUACUAUGCCUGUUAAGGAAAGAAGGAUCAAACAACCGUUAAUGUUUUCUAGGUCAUCUUCUUGUAAUUCUUAUUAUCCAUAUAAUUCAUCGAAGAGACCGCCGGCGCCGUUGAAGAAGAGUUUCAGCAGAUCAUAUGUUGAUAAUGGCAUUCGGGUUAGUCCUGUUUUGCAUUUCUCAAAUGCUUGUAUUGCUAAAGGGACUGCAACUUUGUUUGGACUUCGUUCACUUUUCUGUAAUGGCUUUGGCAAAUCAAGAGGAAAGAGGAAAUCAUCCAUUAAUUAA